GAGUUAAAAUUCACACGUCCACUCCUGGAGCUCAGCUUUCCCAGAGCAGUGUGUGUUGUGUGUAUGUUGUGUGUGUUGUGUGUUGUGAGUGUGUGCGCUCAGAGGCCUCUGCUGCAGACAGUGCAGAAUCUGCAGAGGUGUCACUUCACACCUCUGUGGCCUGGCCUGGAUUUAUAAACCAAGCGGAGGAGAGCUGAGCAGCGCUUCCAGCUUCUCCGUCCUCCCAGACCAGACCGUGGAGCUCCUCCUCACAACAUGGAUACCUCCUCGGUCCCUUUUCUUGACUACAGCCUGCAGUACCAGUGGUGUUCGGACACGGACCUCUCCAGCAUCUCCUCUCCAGAAACUCUGUCUCCUGUCCACUCCAUGGACUCCAGCCUCUCCCCCUCCGACCAGCAGCUUUUACAGUCCAGGGGAACUAAGAACCGGUACUCCCAGAACCUCAAGUCCUCGCCCCACUCCCCAUCCGGACGUGGCCGGAGGUCGGGCCGGAUCCGCAGCAAGCAGAGGGAGAGCGCCAGCGAGAAGGAGAAACUGAGGAUGAGGGAUCUGACCAAAGCUCUUCAUCACCUCCGGUCCUACCUGCCGCCGUCCGUGGCUCCUGCGGGCCAAACUCUGACCAAGAUCGAGACUUUGCGCCUCACCAUCCGCUACAUCUCCUACCUGUCCGCCCAGCUGGGCCUCAGCGAGGAGGUGCUGUUCCAGAGGAGGGAGCAGGCCGACGCCUCUGCCAGCUCCUCUCCUGACUUCCUCAGCUACUUCCAGAAUGCUGCUGGACAGGCGGGGAGCCAGAGUCUGAACCAGAGCCUCUACCAGGUCCACCACUUCAGCCAGCAUGCAGUGAUGCAUUCUGGGGAAUGCAGCUUUGGAGCGGCUCAGCUCAGCAGACAGCACUCUGAGGGCGUUCAGGGAGCGGAGCUGCAGACGCCUCCGGCCUCCCAGGCCUCCUGCCAGAUGUGCGGCAAAGACUUCUGCACUCCUCUGGUUCCACCAGAGUACUGGGGUUAG